AUGGCUAGCUUCUUCCAAAGCCCCAAGCGGGUCGUCUUCAUCGGCGCUGCCGGUGAAAUGUGUCGCCUGGCCGUCGAGCGCUUUGCGAAGGCUUCGGAGCUUUCGCUCGUCCUGGCCGACAUCAAUGUUGAUGCCCUUCAGCCACUUAUCGCUCAACUCCCAGCUGGACGGGCAACUGCCCUAAAACUGGACCUCAAUGAUCGUCCUUCCUUGCUCGCCGCCACUAAAGGCGCUGCCCUUGUCGUCCUGGGUGCCGGUCCAUAUACGAGAACAAGCGAUCCCGUGCUCACGGCUUGUCUUGAAAACAAAGUUCCUUAUCUUGACUUUGAUGAUGAUGUGGAGAGCACGACUGCAGCACUUGCCUUGCAUGAAAAAGCAAAGAAGGAGGGCGUUCCGUGCUUUAUUGGCUGCGGUGCCUCCCCUGGAUUGACGAAUGUCUUGGCCAUCGAUGCGACGAAGGGUCUCGACAAAGUUGAUUCAAUUGAUGUCUGUUGGCUGAUCGGUGAUGAGCGACCAGGCGUUGGCAAGGCAGUCCUGGAGCACCUGAUGCAUAUUGCCGCCGGUCCUUGCCUGACAUGGGCUGGUGGAAAAGCAACCGUCAAUGAAUCUUGGGUUGAGACCGGCUAUGCUCCGAUGUACGGAGAUCGAGGCGAAACGCUCUUGCAUGAGACUGCCCACCCAGAGCCAAUCACUCUCCCCCGGCUCUUCCCACAAGCCAGCCGGAUCCGCUGCCUUGGUGGCCUGCACCCGGCACCAUUUAACGGCAUUGCCCGUGGCCUUGGCGUCGCUGUUCGGAAGCAGGAAAUUUCGCUGGAAGAUGCCGUUGGCUUUAUGAUGAAUCUCCUCAAUAAUCCCUCUCCCAUUGAAGGUUGGGAGGCCACUUUGGGAGAGGUCAGUGGUUACCUACGUGGCGGCGAUAUCACGCUCAAGGAGCUAUGGCAGGUUAUCACCCAUUCCGCUCAUGCCAUCGGACCAUGGCGCCAUGCUAUUUACGGAAUGCUCGAAACAAUUCGAACGGGGGAAUGCUCAACCGGAGAAGUGUUGAGCUUCCUCAUUGACUCUGCUCGCGGAAAGGUUGCAGCGUACUGUGGUGGCCUCACGGUACGAGCCACCGGUUCUCGCAAUGGACUUCCGGUUGCUUCGAUAAAGCGUACGGCCAAAUAUGGCGAGGGAUCUGUUCUUUUCAAGGAUAUGGCGGCUGUAACGGGAGGUGCUUGCGCCGCGUUUAUGAUUCUGGCACUGGAAGAAGGUCACAAACUUAGCGGUGUUUUUGCUCCUGAGGACUGGGCUGAGCCUCAGGCCUUCUAUACGGCCCUUGGUCGUGUCGGUGUGCCUCAUGAUGAGCUUGCGCAUUGGCUUGAUGACGGCUCAGAAGGAUCAAAGUCGAGACUGUAA